CUUCCAGCAGGGGGCGCAUGUAAAACGGAGGGGUGUCUAACGGCUGAAUGUGUGACGGAACAGCGGUCAGAGUUCAGAGGUUAAUCCGGGAAAAACAUGGUUGAACACGGGGAUAUCCGCGUGGUUCACCGCGGCGGCAGUAAAAUAAACUUCAGGGAGCCCGUCGUCACCCAUGACUCUAGGUUCCUGCUGUGCGCCUCCGGAGAGGCCGUAAAGGUGUUCAGCACCUCCACAGAGGAGUGUAUCCACGAGCUGCGGGGUCACACCGGGCUGGUGACAGGUGUGCUGCUCAGACCCUCCAACCACCUACAGGUCUACUCUUCUUCAGUAGAUGGCACUGUCAGACUUUGGGACUUCACAGAUGGGAUUCUCAUUAAGACUUACGUCAUUGGAUACCCAGUCUACUCGAUCUACGCCUCUGCCAACCACGAAAAGAUCCUCUUUAUUGUUAUCCCCAUGCAGAGUGACAAAAGAGCGGAACUGUUCCAGCUGGUUGCGGUCCAUCUGCCAGAGAGCAGAGAACAGCUGGUGGAGACCCGAGAACUUUCUGCUGUGCUCAGCAACGUCAGCUCCAACCCAGCAGCCAUCGCCUUCGGCAGAGGGGGAGAAUAUCUCGCUUCAGUGAACGCCUUGGAGCUGGAGGUCUAUUUCUUUAAGAAGCACAAGUCAUUCAGGUUUCCCCUCAAAAAAGACAACAAGAAGGGCGGCAAGAACACGUUCACGUGCCUCGCCUGUCACCCAAAAGAUGACUGCAUCGCCACGGGACACGAAGACGGGAAGAUCCGCCUGUGGAGAAACUUUAACCAUAAGAAGGAGUACACAUACUCCACCCUGCACUGGCACCACAGCGCCGUCAGCUCGCUGUGCUUCACUCCAGAAGGGACCAACCUGCUGAGCGGAGGCGUGGAGUCGGUACUCGUCCAGUGGAGGUACAACCAAGAGAGCGAGCGGGACUUCCUGCCCCGCCUGGGCGCCGCCAUCACGCACAUCACCGUCUCGCCUGACGGAGCGUUAUUCUGUACCUCACACAGCGACAACAAGGUCACCAUCAUCCAGAGUUGUGUUAAAGUGUCUGCUGUCAUUCAGGGUCUCGUCAAAGGAGACAUCAGGACAGACUUGCUGGUGGACCCUCGCAGCAAAGCUCUGGUGCUAAACGGGAAACCAGGACAUCUGCAGUUUUACUCGCUCCAAAGGGACAAACUGCUGUACAACCUGGACAUCGUGCAGCAGGAGUACAUUCAUGAAUCAGGCCUGCAGCAGUUUGAGGUGGUCAAAGCGGCGUUUGAUGCCUCCGGCUCGUGGUUAGCAACAGUGGAAGAAAGAAAUCAGAAAGCUGCUGAGCUGGAGUUGAACCUGAAGCUGUGGGCAUUUGAUGAGCAAACGCAGAGUUUUGUGCUGAACACGACCAUCUCGGCCCCCCACGACGCCCAGAUUACCGCCGUGUGCUUUCGCCAGGCCGCCGACAGCCAGACCACCCUGCUGGUCUCCACCAGCAAAGAUGGACACUUCAAAGCCUGGCAGCUCGCCGCUCCAGCCCACACAGAAGAUGAAGGUGCUUCCUGGCUGUGUGAUUUCGUGGGGGCCUAUCACGGCCGGCUGCCUGAAUGCUGCAGCUUCUCGGCUGACGGAUCUCUGCUGGCCGUCGCCUUUCAGGAAGUGGUGACUGUGUGGAACCCCGCCUCCUGGGAGCUCCUGACGACCCUGUCGCAGCCGCCAGGAGCCAUCAGGGAUCUUUGUUUCGGGCGGCUGAGCUGUUCCAAGUAUCUGAUGGGAACCACCGCCAGCAAUCUGCUCUGCUGCUGGAACCUCCUCACCUGCUCCUUGGAGUGGAGCACCUCCAUGGACGUCAGCCUGCUGCUGGACGACCCCCUCUCCGAGAACAUGGCCGCCUUCUGCUGUCAGAGCGGAUCCACCGACUUGUUCGUGUUCAAGCCCAGCGAGCCUCGGCCACUGUUUUCCCAUAAGGCCGUGUGCUCAGGGGCGGUGACUCGCGCCAUCUUCGCUCCGAGGGAGGAGAUGCUGGAGAGCUGCGAGGAGAGCAGCCAGUGGCUCAACCGCUCUCAGCUUUACUUUGUCACACAGCACACGGAUCUCAUGACUUUCACCACCAAAGCAGAGGAGGACAGGCUGAUGGCUUCCAGCAAACAGCUCGUGAUUGACGACAGCGUGGCCAUGACGCCGUUCUACCUGCUGUUGGGGAAACACAGACAGCAGCAAGAGGAGAAUCGGGACCCCGAGAGCAGCCUGUCGGUGGCGAGAACGGCGCUGCCCCAGACCUCCACCUCCAUCAAAGAGCUCCUGCAGACCCCGGCCCACGUCCUGCCCUCCACCUCCCACCUGUGCUCCAUGUUUGUUCAGUCUCUGCUCAUCUCUGUCUCAGGUUGCAGGGAGGAAAAGGCACAUACAGAAGAGGAAAUGGAGAGUGAAAAAGAGGAAGAGGAUUCGGAGGAGGAAAUGGAAUCCAGCAACUGCAAGCCGGGGCCGGCGGCAGCGGCGGGGGGGCAGGCGGUGGAGCCAGACGCCCCCACUCUAACGAAGGCUCAGGCCAGAGAACUGAGGAGGGUGAGGAAGCUGGACCACAGCUGGCUCGCAGACCUCCUGGACUCCUAACCAGAACACAUACUGAGCCUGUACGAGGCUUCCACCAGCAGCUCGGACGUUUUCUGCAUUUCUUCCACUUUGUUUCCCUGAGUGGAAACAAAUCUCUGUGCAAACACAAAGCAUGUAUUUGAUCGCAUAAUCAGAGUCAAUAUGGACAAGUCUAUUAUAUUUAAACAGUGGAACCCCUCCCAGCCUUUGCGUGAGUUUCCACCAGUUUCAUUGCCAGAACUCUGGACUGAAUUUUGGUCUGGAUUCCUUUCAGUCCUUUGCUGUUUUUUUUGUUUUUAAAUAAAUCUUUUUACCAAACCAGAA